AUGGAGUGUCUAGCAUCGCCGAGUACAUCGGGGAAGACCAGAAAACGUACGGCUCAUCCAGAAAACUGGAAACUAAACAUAGCUAAACGGCAGCGGCAAACUGCGGAACAGAAAGCCAUUAAUUCGGUCAUUUACGAACUACCUACAGACGUUCCGACUCAGGCUACCGUAGGAGCACAGGCUGAUGAAAUUGUUUUAGAGGAGCUGGAAUAUGUGGAGCCGCAAGUGAAACAGCGUCGUCAACAGAAGCUCAUCAUCGACAAGAAGACCGAGCUGAGCACAGAGUACAUGCGCGUCAGGAACGACAAUAUACCUGGUCUUGAACAAAAGGUAGAGAAUUUGGAAAGGUCACAAAGGCAAGCCAGUAUUGAGAUCAGAAACAUUUCUCUACAUAAAAAGGAAUCAAAGCAAGAUCUGGUGCAACUAGUAAAAAAAGUUGGAGAAACAAUGAAUGAUAGUUCGAAGGUCGUGGCGAAUAUCCGAGUACCCGCGCAUACUUACCUAAGUCGGCCCGCUCACGCAGGAAUCCGCCCUAACAUGGCUCAAGUUUUGUCACGGCUUUUCCUACGCAAUCUGAGAGUUUUAAAUAGAACGCCGAUGGCCGACAGAGAAUUGGAGGAAGCAGUGUCCGAACCGAGAACAAGAAAGACACGCACGCGAAACCAACUAGAAACGAUAGGAGAGAAAGUACAACAGCUUCAUGCACCGUCUCAGUUUGAAGUGCACAUGCAGAUGGAAGAAAAUGUUACGAAUGAGCUUAAGGUGGAGCAAUUGGACUUGGACCGGACAGAAUUUCCAACGUGGGUUGUUGAGACUCUGUCACAGCAUGCCUCGAAACAAGCUGACGAGUUUCAAGUUCCUGUAAGUAAUAUUAUUUAUAUUUAUUAG